GUGUUGCUCAUUGAAAAAAAGCACUAAAUUUCAUAUAAAAAUAGUUGAUAAAAUCGAAAACGAUUUUUCGCACAUGAGCCCCUUUUGCGUAGACCAGGACACAAAAAAAAAUUACCUUCGAAAAUCUGAAUGAGAAAUUACUACUUAGGUACUUGUGAUAGAUCAAAAAAUAUUUUCAAAGUCGCAAAAUAUGAAAAUGAUUCCAUUUGUUCAAUUGGAUCUCGAAGAUGACCUUCCCCAUCCCCUUCAAUCACUUAUAGAAAAUUUGCAAAAUGGUUUACUUUUCAAUAAAUUAUACGAAAGCAACAUUGUAACUAUGCAAAAAUGGACUUCUGCAGAUUAAUAUGUACGUAUAUUACGUUUAAAAGAGGAACCUUUCCAAUUGUUCCGCAUUUCAUCAAACCUCGCGAAUAAAUUAUGCAUUUUUCAAAAUGACACUGGAUCGGUGAAUCAAAAUUUUCAUGUUGUUUUCAUCGAACAAAUGAAUGAAUUGCAUACCGCUUGUGAGCCUCGAAAAAUUCGUUUUUUUUCAAAAAAGAUGCGUAGGCUGGUCACUUCCGCUAUGCAAACCAAGAAUAAUUAAUUCAAGCCGUGUGCGAAAAAUAUAGUUCAAGGCUCUCAAAAUGGUAAUCAUAUCAAACCUAUAUACUAAGUAAAUAUGCACCCAUAUAGCUACUUACAUAUAAAACAUUAAGCAUUUGACAAAUUAAGGAUCGAAUAACGCUUAUUGUGCUUAAACUCGACAGCUUUGUUUGCUUUUUUGUUCGCGGUGUUUUUUUUAUCAUUUUAAAAUAUGGCCGAAGAAUCGCAAAUUGCUCAGUUUUACGCCUUCAAAAAAAUCCUUAUCACUGGAGCGACUGGAUUCAUGGGAAAAGUAUUAGUAUGGAAAUUAUUAAACAGCUGCCCUCAGUUGGAUACGAUUUUUGUGCUGAUGCGAACAAAAUAUGGAAAAACUUCUUUGUCUCGUAGAGCAGAAUUCUUCAACUCACCGGUUUUCGAAAAUUUCAAAAAAAAUAAUCCUAAAAUAUUAGAAAAAGUUGUACUUAUAGCCGGAGAUGUGGGGGAAGACGGCUUAGGAUUAUCGGACAAAGAUCGAGAUAUGCUGAUUGACCAAGUAUCGAUUGUAAUCCAUAGUGCUGCCCUUUUAAAAAUGAACGCAGAUUUACGAACAGCAAUUAAUGUAAAUACCGUCGGAACCGUAAGAAUGCUCGAAUUGGCGCAACAGAUGAAGAAACUCGAGUCAUUUGUUUGCAUAUCCACUGCAUAUUGUUGUUGUGAGAAUACAACAGUGAAUGAAAAAAUGUAUUCUUCGAAAUAUAAUCCGAAAAUGAUUAUGAAUCUCGUUCAAUGGAUGGAACCAAAGUUGUUGGAUAGCAUUACACCUAGUUUGAUUCAUCCUUUGCCAAACACAUACACGUUUAGUAAACGAUUAACCGAAUCUCUACUGCGUAAUUACGAAUCCACAGUUCCGAUUAUUGUAGCCAGGCCAAGUAUAGUCGCGCCAUGUUAUAAAGAACCAUUCCCAGGAUGGACUGAUACUCUAAACGGACCUACUGGAUUUUAUACUGCUGGAGCAAAAGGACUUCUACGAGUUACAACAAUGAGGCUAGAUAACAAAACUAACUUCAUACCAUGUGAUUUCUCCAUCAAUAGUAUUAUAAUUUUACCGUGGGCAAAUUCUAGAGAACAAUUACUGAAAGAGAUCAGCGUGUACAACAUUACGCAAAAUUUUCACGAUGAUGUAACCUGGCGUCAAAUAUUGCACUAUAAUAUGCGCGCAUUGGAAAAGUAUCCACUUAAUGUAGCCUUAUGGUAUCCAAAUACCAAUCCAGAUACCAAAAGUAUGUUCGUAUAUACGAUUAAAUGCAUUUUUUUGCAUUACUUACCAGCCUACAUAAUCGACUUCAUUUUGCUGUUGGUUGGCCAGAAGCAGUUCAUGGUUCGUGCUCACGAUAAACUCAGAGGAGCUGAAACCAUGUUACGACAUUUCACCGAGAACCAAUGGCAUUUCGAGCACGAUAAAAUACUCCGAUUGGAAGAACUUUUGAAUCCAAUUGAUAAGCAACUGUUUCCUGUAAACAUGAAAGAAAUGGGAGGGUAUCAAAGUUACGCAGAUGAUACCGUGGCGGUUGUCAAAUCUCACAUAUUUCAUGAAAAUAUGGAUCAUAAAAUAAUAGCUAGAACAAUGAUGAGAAUAAUGUAUGGUGUGGAUAAAAUCGUUGUUGUUCUAAGGUAUUAUCUAGUAUGGAAAUUCCUAGCAUUCAUCUUCAACAUGAUUAUGGCUAAUUUCAACUGAAAAGUAGGCUGAUUCAACCGUAAAUAUACCUACAAUUCGAAGAACCGUCAACAUCACAAACUCAGAUUUCCAAAAAAAAAAAAAAAGAGGGGAUUUAUCUUUGAGCUGAUACAUAUUUGUAGCGAAUUAUAA